ACGAUUACUAGUACUAGCUUCGUCUAGUACUGUGCCUACUUUGCCCAGGUCAUUAGCGAAAGAGAUUGCAGUUUAGGUUGGUAUUUAUUUUUUACAAUAAUAAAGAAAAGAAAAACCAAGAAAGGGCAAGCAACCAUAUAGCUGCAGAACAGAGUGACUGCCAAACGUAGAUGUUAACUACGGCUAUCUAUUUUCUAAACAAACCAUGUCCAUGUUGAUCGACCUGACGGACGAAUGCACGGUUCUCGUCCAUCCCGACAUGGAUGCCAUGCAGUCCACCUGCAAUGGACUCCACCCCGGCAACCCGCACGACGGCAUGCUUUCGGAGCUGUCCACUAUCUCCUCUAUUGUCUCAGCUCAGAGUGACACGGGUAGUAAUACUGAACACCAGCAGCUGAAGGUGUAUUUAAGGGUCCGACCCUUUUCCCAAGAAGAGCUUGCCUGCGAUGAAGACAAAGGAUGCAUAGUGCUGGCCGAUUCCGAAUCUGUUAAACUGCAAGCUCCGAAAGGGUCUGCGACUAUGAAGAGCAGUGAGAAGGGCAUUGGACGGUCUGUGCAUAAAUUCUCCUUUUCCCAGAUCUUUGGGUCUGGCACCAGUCAGGCAACCUUCUUUGAAAACACUAUAAAAAGUCAAGUGCUGGAUUAUUUGGAGGGGAAAAAUGCUCUCAUCUUCACCUAUGGGGUGACAAAUGCAGGGAAAACCUAUACAAUCCAAGGCUCCCCAAAAGACCCCGGAAUCCUGCCUCGUGCACUGGAUGUCAUCUUUGACUACAUUAAGGGCAAGCAGUAUGAUCAAAUGGACCUGAAACCUUAUCUCAGCUGUGAUGUCCAGUACCUGGGUCCAGACCAAGUGAAGCAGGAAAGAAAUGUGAAAGCAGCAGUCUUUUCCUUGCUCAAGGAGGAAAACGAUCAACAUUCAAAGAGUUCCUCUAGUUCCUCAACGUCUUUCACGUCCAGCAUCUCUUUUUCCUCAGUUUCAUAUGACCAAACAGUGGACUCGACAGAUGCUGUGGUCGAUAAGGACAGGCACCAGUUUGCAGUGUGGGUUGCCUUCUAUGAGAUCUACAACGAGUUUGUGUAUGAUCUCCUGGAGUCCCUCCCAUGUGUUAAGGCCAAAAAACGCAGUGCUCUGAGGGUCUGUGAGGACAGUGUGGGGAACUCGUAUGUCCGAGAUUUAAAGUGGAUUAAUGUCCAUAGCUCCGAGGAAGCGUGGAGGGUUCUGAAAAUUGGUAACCGGAACCGAAGUGCUGCUUCAACAAAGUUGAAUCAGUCAUCUAGUAGAAGCCACAGCAUAUUUGCCAUCAAACUCCUCAGAAUCACAGGAACUGAAGUUUCGAGGGUGACAGAGCUGUCCCUCUGCGAUUUGGCUGGCUCUGAGAGAUGCACCAAGACCAAGACUUUCGGAGAGCGUCUCAAAGAAGCAGGGAAUAUCAACAACUCGUUGCUCAUCCUGGGGAAGUGUAUAGCAGCACUACGCAACAACCAGAGCGACAGAAUAAAGGGUGGCUAUGUCCCUUUUCGCGAGAGCAAACUGACCAGGCUGUUCCAGUCCAUCUUCUGCGGGAAAGGCCGGGCCUGCAUGAUCGUCAACAUCAAUCAGUGCGCCUCCACCUAUGAUGAGACCCUUCAUGUCAUGAAGUUCUCUGCGGUGGCCAAGCAGGUUGUCCAGAUCGUACCCCCAAAGUCCCUGGAGUGUAUUGCUCCAAAACUAGUGGGUCCACAUGGGAAAGCACUUCUGAGGAAUGGGAUCAUAGAUGAAGAGGCACUGGACAGCUACCUUUCAGAGGAUGAGCUCCUGGAUGAUGAAGAUGAAGGAGAUAUGUCCAUCCUCCCUCAAGAGGAUCUCUUGGGCAUCAUUGAGAACCUUAAAGAGAAGCUGCUUGCAGAACGUCGCAGGAACCUGGUGCAGGAGAUCGAGAUCCGUAAGGAGAUGGGUGACGCCAUGCUGCAGCAGUUGAUGGAGAGUGAGGAGCUGCAGAGCCGUAAAAUGGCAGAGCUGAAGGAGAGCUAUCAGGAGAAGCUGGAGAACACCUUCGAGCUGUACAAGGAUGCUCUGAAGGAGCACGCCUACCAGUGUGCUCUGGAGCGUGUUGAGGAAGAGUACAUACCGGUGGAUGAGUUCAUCGCCGAGCAGGAGAAGGUUGAGGAACUGAAGGUGAAGCUGUCUGAAGCAGAGCAGAGACUCCGGAGUCUCUUGCGGACCCCUUCGGCUGCCCUCAGUUCAGAUCAGGCGUGCCAGUGCUCCCUAGAGGCUGAGGACAGAGCUGCAGCCGAGAAGAAAUAUGAGGAAAUGUACCAGGCAAAAUGUGCAGUUGAAGAGCUCUGUGGCACCAAAGAUGAGGUGAUUACAUCUUUGGAAAAGCAGAUUCAGGACUUGGCAGAGACCAUCCAGGAAGCUGGGGAAAGCUUUAUGGAGAAAGAAGCUGAGCUUGAGAAGCUUCAGAAGAUGCUUUCUGAGAGGGACCGUGAGAUCGACGGGCUGCGGAGGGACCUGGCCGAGCAGGACAGGAGGGUGUCCCUCCUGUCAGAGGAGCAGGCCCUGCGUUCUAAGGAGUCCCCAACCAAAAGGAAAACCAGAAAGGGUCUCUUGGCCAACCUCAAGGAAUCGGUCACGUCUCCCAGAAAAGGAGCACUUGGACGGACUAUGAAGUCCGUUAAAGCCACACCUGUAACACUCAAGAAGAAGCCCUUCCUUUAAGCACUCAGCAUGUUUUUAGUUGUAUUUUUAAAUAAAUUAUUUUUAAAACCA